UAUGGGUCAGUGUAUGACGAAAACUGCGCUUAACCAUCUUCAAAUCCACGAAGAAAAUCAUCCAAAUCGAGAAAAUCGCUUCCAGCAAAAUCUUCACUCAUAUGCAAGAAAAUUUGGAGAAAAACACUGAAUGGUACUGUGACGCGCGGGAAGUGCGGGUGAAAGGUGACGAUUUUUAAAUAACAAUAAAUAGCAGAGAUAUUUUUUCUUUAUUGCUAUUUUCGGAGGGUCAUUGUUAAGGUUCUGACGAGCAGUGGUUCUCAAACAGUUUCAGCCACGUUCAUUAGCAUUUCAGGCUGCGUUAACGGAAUUCGACGUCUCCGCAUUUUGAGAUUCACUGAAGGAAACCGAAGAGAGUGGCCGAAAACUAAUAUAAAAAUCCCGCCAGUGAAAAAUAUUCUCUAGUUGACAUUGAAGCCUCAUUAAAGAGCCCAAAUCGGAAGACAUUUCACCUGGGGGGGGCCUAUAAAGAAUUUUCAGUAGUGAUGAACGAGCCGAAGCUGUAUUCCAAGCACAAUUCGCUGCAAACAACGGACAACAUCCAUGUGAUCGAGAAUUUCCUUGGUUUCAUCGAUUGGACGAAGGGCGACAAUCAAACUGCCAUAGAUCUGGGCUGUGGGGAGGGCUACACCACAGCCAACAUUCUGUUGCCGAAACUGCCGCCCAGUUUGACCCGCCUGGUGGGCUGCGAUAUCAGCGAAAAAAUGAUUCGUUUUGCAAAAAAGGCCCGCAGGAAUUCUCGUCUGGAUUUCCGGCAAUUGGACCUGAUGGAUGGUGAAACUUGUCGCAGAAUUUCUGGACAGUUCGACCAUGUGUUCUCUUUCUACUGCCUGCACUGGAUUGCUGACCAAAGAAAGGCGUUUGACAACAUCCGCCAACUACUGAAGCCAGGUGGAGAUUUGUUGAUGAGCUUCUUGGGCACCAACCCGAUUUACGACGUUUACGAAAGUAUGUCCAGGAAUAUACAAUGGGCGUCUUAUUUUCGCAAAGAAAUGGUGUCGCCCUAUCACAACUGCAAGAAUGCGAAGCAAAAGGUAACAAAACUGUUGCAAGAAGCCGGGUUCCAAGACUUGCGGUGCGUCGUCGAAGACCGGCAGCACGUGUUUACCAGCUUAAAACACAUGGAAAAAUCUAUCAUCGCGGUAGAUCCAAUUCUGCCAAAACUUUCACCUGAGGAAAGAGUGCAGUAUAUAAAGGACUUUACCAAGGAGGUGAGGAACAUUUACAGCUGCAACGUUAAAUGGUUUGAAAGCGGCAGCACUGAAAGCACCCCCGUGGACUAUAAGCUGAUUAUAGUUUAUGCCAGGAAACCGUCUACUUCAACUACUUAUUAAAUAAUUUUGUUAGUCGAACUACCUGAUGAGGGUGGUAAAUAAAGUGCAGUGCUUCCAGUAGUAUUAAGAUUUUGUUGGGUUUUAACGUUGUAAUAAUUAAAAUUGUUUUAAUUUGCA